AUGGUUCAGAGGAAAGCACUGGUCUUGCUUCUUCUGGUCUCCAAUCGUUUACUUUUUGUGCUGGAAGCGGCUCAAUGCCCAGAGAACUGUUAUUCGAAAGUGGUCACUUCUUGUCGUUGUCCCGAUCCAAACGGGGAGAGUUCUCCUUGCAGCUGGGUUGGAAAUGGAGGAACCUACAGCUUUCCUGUAUGUCUUGACGCCAUACCAACCGACUUACCAACAGAGACUGUAACAGUCUUGAUCGAGCAUCUCACUUCUCCGAAGCUCAUUGAACAGUCUUUUCAGAACCUCCCUAUCUUGAUAAGACUUCACUAUCUGAAUAUCCGACAGUCGAACGUUUCCACAAUACAGCCAGGGGCUUUCCGGGUGCAAGGUCUCCGGCACUUAAAUCACCUUUAUCUCAUUGACAACCUCAUCUCCAGGCUAGAGCCUGGCACUUUCCUCGGGCUUGGGAAAUUAGUUGCGUUACUUCUCGACAAGAACAUGAUUUCCAGCAUAUCCAAACAUGCAUUCCGUGGCCUACCACAGCUUUGGGUAUUGCGGUUGUCUCAAAACCGCCUGACUUCAGUGCCCGUUAACGCACUUCUAGAUCUGAAGUUUAACCCAUUGUUGCUGGCAAACGUUCAAAGGAAUCACAUCACUACUAUCGACAAAGAUGUUAUGCGUUUGCUGUUGGGGCAAACCAGGGGCUUGAAUCUGGAUAUAAGACACAACAAGCUGCGAUGUGACAAGGAUCUAACGUGGUUCAUCUGUAACUUGCCGGACCUUCCGCAAAUUACUAAAUCCAACUUUCUGAAGUGUGCCUCUCCCCCUGACCUCCGGGGAACUAACCUAACUACCCUGGAAAACGAGCUCUGCCAAACUGACGAAGACAGGACACAACAAGAAACCGAGUCUAAACCAUUCACUGAACAAUCCAUGACGACAGCCUCUAGAAAUGAUACCAUUCCCACUGAGGGACAUACAGAAAUGUCGCUCAACAGUUCAGUCUCUGAGCAUACCACGCAGAUUAACUAUGUCAUUAACUUUGGGGGGAAUCCCGUCAUCAACGAUGGUGUCAACAUGAUGGUCACUGCCAUAAUCACCGCUGUGACGGUGCCUCCGCUCCUCGUGUUGGCAAUAGGAGUUAUCCUCUUCAUCAUAAAGGUCUAUCUUGGUACAGAUUUGCCUCAUCACGCCGUACCAACGGGAAGUAACGGAGAAGGUACAAGACGAACAGAGACCGAUGAUAUCGAGCCAUAUGCGGUGGCCUAUGAUGACUCGGUUCUACCGGGAGUCGGACAUGACAGAAACUCAACCACAAGCGGACGACCUACCCCUGCUCGCAACAAGACCCCAGAAGACAACUACACCAUUCAGCCGUAUGCAGUCACCUAUGAUGAACAGCCAGGAUCACAGCUUCAGUCCCAUACAGAGGCCAGCAAUGAUGACCUAGAACAAGACGACAACUAUGAGAUCCAGCCGUAUGCAGUCGGCUACCCUGACUCCCCACAAGCCGAAAGGGGCCGUGCAGAUGCAGAUUUACCAACACUGGAAAACAGUGGUACUGACGAGCAGGCAACAAACGGCAAAGGAUCCUUUUUAGCUGAAGACGACAUACGACCAAAUUUUGAAGCUGGUGAAGCGCAAACUGAGGGUGAUCCGACAGGAGACGGCGACGGUCCUUACGGAAUGGACGGAGGGGACGAGAGUCAAGAAAUGCAGCAGUACAAGAGUGGCUCACAAGCCACCAAACACAGCGCAUGUUCAGCGUACAACCCACAUGAUUGA